AUAAUUAUUUAAAUAAUGCUUUAAAUUUAAAAUGAACGUCAUUACCAAAAUUGUAACAUGCCCAAGACCGUGGAAUUGACUAUAGAAAUUGAAGUGGAAAAGGUAUCAUGCCCUGGAGUUUGGCUCUGUCAGGAUGGUCGAGUAUCACUCACAGUAUUUGCCUUGGGAACUAGUUACCAGACUUGCCUUCUACCUCCAACAUUUCCACUGACGUUUAAAGAUGUAUUUUACUUCCGCAAGAGAUUUAAAGAAGCCUGUGCUGUCAAUAACAUCUGCUGUCUACUGAAGGAUGAAACGGUAUACUGUGAACUGGUGCAAUGGAGUGAAGACUGUGCAUCGGGGGAAUGUGUUAUGCUAGCCCAGUACCUGGGGUCACUGAAUGAUAUGCUUUUCCCGCCUAACACCUGUUCCUCUGAUGGUGUAGAUCUGUUGAUGAGAAGGACUAAAGAUUUCCCGGGUAUAUUAUCACCUAAAAUAGAAAUUGCAACAAAAGUUCGAAUAGACGAAAUUCGGGGAUCCAAAGUUUACACAGAUUCAAGUCCAAAAGAUGCUACAAAAAGAGAUAGUUGCAGUCAUAAAAGCAAACUAAAUGAUUGUGAAACAACCAAGCACAGACCUGUGUGCCAUUCGCCACAAUAUCAUAGACUUAGAUGCCGAAAAACAAAUAGAAAGUCGUCAAGAACAAGAUCGAAAUCAGCAAAGUCAAACUGCAGCUUACUGUCAAAUGAAUGUGUACAUCAAGAUGAAAGCGAAUCAGAAGAGGAGUUGGAUAAGAAGUUCCAGAAAGUACAGAUAGCGAGUCGGUACAUUGUUAACGAGGAGGCCGAGGAUGUCCCCAGGCGAGUACACCACUGGAAAGUGACUCCGUGUGUCUGCGAGAUAUGUAAGAAGUAUCAUGAACUAUUCCAUAUUAGAAGUUGAUAAAAUAUUAUUGCCUUUUAGAAAUUACUGAUAUGAAAGACAAAGAAAGUUAAGAAGCUAAACUUUUAGCUUUUUCCCAACGCGAAUAAUAAAAAAAAUGUAUAUAAGUCCGUCCACAACGACAAAAAGUAUUCUUAAAUUGUUUUUAAUUUUAGAACUCAGUACUGUUUUGCCGACGGAAAUAGUUUGAGAAUGUCGUCGCUAGAUGGCGCUUUUCAGUAUUUGCAACGGUAAAUGAAAAUUGUAAAAUGUUUUGUUUCGGGUCUUGCAAUUAGAUAAAUUAGUAUAAAUUAAGUGCAAAAAAUAUUUAUUUAAA